UUUUGGAUCCGAGUCUUUUUCUCUGUACCUGAAAGCAUGGCAGCAAGAAUCAAGCUGCCAGAUUCCUUCUACAACCUAUCAGCUUUGGAGAUGAAGAGAGAAGCUAAUGCGAGGAAAAACAUGAUUGAAGAAUUGCAGCUUUUGAUUCCUAGGUGUUACAGGGAGAAGCAGGUGAAAGCUGCAGAGAAGAGAUACAGCAGAACUAUUAUCCUUGUCCAGUUUCCUGACAGAGGGGUGCUCCAAGGUGUUUUUGGCCCUUGGGAGCAAACAACCGCUCUCUAUGAGUUUGUGAGCUUGACACUGAAAGAACCCGGUUUAGAAUUUGAACUGUUACAUCCUGUAUUAAUCAAACGGCGAGUGAUUGAACAGGAUUUGGUCCCUUCAGCACUGAUCAAAUUCAAACCUGUCGAGACAGAUUCAGUUGUCUUCACAGGGCUCUGUAAUGAACUUGUGGAAAUUAUUGAACCCCUGGAAUGAUGUGGAAAUCGCUCCGGUAUUAUUCUUCGCUGUUGCUCAAAUGGGGCACAUCACAUUACUAUAGCCUCCCGGCACUGAUCUCACAUAUCUUCAGCAGAUUUUGCUUGUGUCUGAUCUUUUGUUGGACCCUGUAGAUAUAGAAUCUAGACUGUAAAUUCUCAUUAUUUGUGCAUUUGUAUCAUUUAUAUGUCCUUCACCAGGACCAAAAACUGAAUUGGAAUUUUAGUUCCAUUCAAAAUUAAUAUAUUUGUUUAUUUAAUAAUAUUAUUCAUUUUUCA